GCUUAGCUAAACCUCCUUCCAACUCUUCUUUCCCAUCUUGUUUCAUAAAACCCUGACUGACUCAUCAACUCUAUCACUAAGCUGGAAUUAUUAUCAUGGCACCAUCUCAAACCUUCCCAACUUCCAACUUCCAACUUCCUCUACGCAUCAAGCCUAAAACCUAAGUCCAAGACUGUGAGUCUCGGACCAAUAUUGAUUCCAAAGUCUUACCAUGUGCUCAACCAUCCUCUUCACCUACCACUGCGGUUGCACUCAUACCACCACCUUCGAAUGUCCCGACACCGCAUCUACUUUCUCCAAUCUCACCAACGCCAAUACCACCAACACCACCACGGACCCUUCGCGCUCCAGACAAACCCAUCCUACUUCUCGCCUCCUCCUCCUCCGCGAUCACCAUCGCGGCCGCCGUCGCCGCCAGCGAUGCCACGGCACCGGGAACGCACCCACCGUCACCCCGUUGGACGAGGACUGCUACGACUGCGCGCAGAAGCAGAAGCAGGAAGAGGAAGAGACUAGACGACGUGCUGCUGCUGCUGCUUCUUCACUUAGCGAUGUCGAUGUCGAUGUUUCUUUUUCUUCCCCUUCUUCUUUAUCUUCUUCUUCUUCUCCCCUAUCGCUAUCGCUGUCGAGAGACGAUACGGACACGGAAGCAGCAGAGUCGGAAUCAGAAUGGGAACCAGGACUAGACGACACGCCAACCCCGAUGUCGUCGUCCUCGUCGUCGGUACCGUCGACGACGCGCACCGCAUCAUCGCUCAUAGACGACGAGGCCGUUCUCAAGGAGCGCGAUCCAAACCUGCCCUCCAAAUGCCCGCUCAUCUCCUCCGUGUGGGACCUCGACUUGGACUUGCGUAUGCAGUUGAUGAUGGAUUUGGAUCUGCUCGAGAUGCACGGUGGCUUGUAAGCUGGUUGAGCUUUGAAUGAAGGUUGUGUUUGUCCUAUGGAGAUGUGGAUCAAACUAGGAAAAGAAAAAAGAAAAAAAAAAAAA